AUGAAACCGGUGAUCAUUUCGUCAGGAAGCGAUGGAGGAGAAGGCAGCGGUCUCGGACGCAUGACCAGUACUCCAGUCAACACCACGCCAGCGCCUUCCUCCGACCAGACCCAGAGGGCGACUGGAGAAGAAGAAAGCGGAUCACAGACCGGGGGUGAUGAAGCACCCGCCGUCUUCAGUGGGAGACCGACAAGCUCGCCCAGACACUUCAACGACGGGGCCAGCAUCGGCUCCCUCAAUCUGAGUGACCUUAUUCGGGAGCCGGUACCCGAUCUAGAGGUUGCCGACAAUGCCAGCAUGCACGCCUCGGAUGAUGAGGAAGUUACUCUUUACGAGGGCGAAACCCAAUACCUUCAAGCAGUGAACGGUGGGGCCACCAAUGAAACCUACAAUCUCGACGACGUGCUCAUACAGUCAGACUUUGAAGACAAUGCCAGGAUCCUCGAGCUUGGUGAUGCGGAGAUGGCUGCGUACGAGGGCGACACGGACGAGCCUUCAACGCUUUCACUUGAUUACGACUCCAUCUACGCCGACGACAUGGACGCCCAACCAGUCCAAAACCAAGUCGAUGCCAGCGCGGUGCCUACACCAUCCAACACCGGCCUUCUUCAGCAAUUCGAAUCAAUGAACGUUAACGACUAUGGAGAAGAGGUCUCGUCCCCGACCAAUGGCCCACUUACCCCUCAUGACCAUCACGGCCCAUCCGUAAAUCAGUCCCUCGGUACCGACAGCACCGAGUCUGAACUUGGGCCUGGAUCUGGCGACGAUGAAGCCGUUAUGUCGCGCUCUGACCUCAACCAUGACCCUCAGCGGAGGCAUCUUCCCGUGUACGACAUCCGCCACCAUGUGUGCUCAUCAAGGAACGGGUGGACGUGGGACUAG